AACAAAAGAGGCAAUUACUAGUCAUUCAUCUCUUUCCUGGCAUUGCUCACAUCGCCUCUUCUUCCCUUUUAGACAGACAGACAGAUAGAGAAAAGCUGAGAACCAAAUUGGUAGUUAUGGCUAGUGGAGAAGAAGUGAGGAACAAGCAGGUGAUAUUCGGAGACUAUAUCACCGGCUUCCCCAAAGAAUCCGACCUCAAAUUGACCACUGCCACUACCAAACUCAAGCUUCCAGAAGGUUCGACGGGCCUCCUCGUCAAGAACCUCUACUUGUCCUGCGAUCCUUACAUGCGAAGCCGUAUGACCAAGCACGACAGGCCCACUUAUGUCCAAUCCUUCACGCCCGGCUCGCCUGUAACUGGUUUGGGAGUGGCUAAAGUCCUGGAAUCUGGGGAUCCAAAGUUUAAGCCAGGGGACUUGGUUUGGGGUCACACUGGUUGGGAAGAAUAUAGUGUCAUCACCACAGAGUCUCUGAUUAAGAUUCACCACACUGAUUUGCCUCUCUCUUACUAUACUGGACUUCUCGGUAUGCCUGGAAUGACUGCUUAUGCUGGUUUUUAUGAGAUCUGCUCUCCUAAGAAAGGAGAAACAGUCUACAUUUCAGCCGCAUCUGGAGCGGUAGGUCAGCUUGUUGGCCAAUUUGCAAAGUUAACAGGUUGUUAUGUUGUUGGGAGUGCUGGAAGCAAGGAAAAGGUUGAUCUGCUGAAGAACAAAUUUGGAUUUGACGAGGCUUUCAACUAUAAAGACGAACCUGACCUAGAUGCAGCUUUAAGAAGGUACUUUCCAGAUGGUAUUGACAUUUACUUUGAAAAUGUGGGGGGAAAGAUGCUUGAUGCAGUGCUACCAAAUAUGAGGCUGAAAGGGCGAAUAGCUGUGUGUGGGAUGAUCUCACAGUACAACCUCGAGCGGCCUGAAGGCAUACAUAAUUUGAUGUCUCUGAUUGUUAAGCAGGUCCGAAUGGAAGGUUUCCUGGUCUUCAGUUACUAUCAUCUGUACGGAAAGUUUCUUGAAACAGUGUUGCCUUACAUAAAAGAAGGGAAGAUGACAUAUGUGGAAGAUGUAGUUGAAGGCCUUGAGAAUGCUCCAGCGGCUCUAAUUGGGCUCUUUUCUGGCCGCAAUGUGGGAAAGCAGGUGGUUGUAGUUUCCAGAGAGUGAUUACUCAUCCAGCUCCAUCCGUACUUCUGAAGUACAAGUGUUUAGCUUUAUGUUAAAAAUUUAAAAUUUAAAGUUGUCUAAGCAUCUGCAGUGCACCUUCUUGUAUAUUAAGAACUUGUUAGCUUGCUCUAUAAAUUGCAUUUUGCGUGACGAGAGCUGUGUGACCUUAAAUAAAUGUGGUAUGAUUUUCACAAUAAUACUAACACUAUUAUGAAGUAUGAAGAGAA